CUGGCUGCCUUACCCGCCAUUGUAACUUCCAAGGGGGAAGAGCCAGCCUGGGGCUGGGAGGUACCAGAGCUCUCCCUCUGCGCCCCCCAUUGCCUGCCCCCCAGAGCGCUCCCAGGAGACUACGGAGUGAGGCUCGCUCCUCCUGCCCUCCCCUUGGUUGCCGCCUCUACAAGCUCAGCUGUCCCCUCCCAAGGGAGGCCCACUCUCUCUGCAAAGCCAGGUCCAGCUGAAGAGCGAGGGGCACAGGCCUACUUGUCGGGCCAGGCUGACUGAGGGUGCAGGGUGCGCAGGGCCCAGGGCAGGGCCAGGCACAGUGGCAUCCGGUGCUCCCUGGACCUCCUGGGAUAGCUGCGGAGACCUCUCCUCUGAGGAGCUGGGCUGCUGCGGCUGGCUCUGAGGCACCAUGAGCACAGAAGGCCCCAGCCUCACCAGUUCCCCAGCCUCGAGUCCCCCGGCCUUCCUCACCGCCCCAGUCACCGCUAGAACUCUUGCUGAGGCGGGGGUCCCGCUCCCCGUGCUCAUCGCCCUGGCCUGCAUCUUCUUCCUGCUGGCUUCCUGCCUGCUGUUCCUGAUGCUCUGCAAGCCAGCCGUGCUGGACCCAAGCCGCCACCGGGCGCACGAGUGCCUGCCCCACCACCCCGCGAGCCCCAGCGAGCCCCGGCUGCGGCUCUGGAAGCGCCUGGGCUCUCUCCGCCGCUCCUUGCCCAGCUUCCGGCAUGGCCUGCCUGCCCCUCGACGCCCCCUGCCGGGACGCGAUGACAGCCUUGGUGACAGUGACUGCACGGAAUCUACCAAGAUGUGACAGGGAGUCCACACACAGGCCCCGGGUCCCCAGGUCCCCAGGUCCCCAGGUUCACCUGCAGAACCUCCUGCCUGGCACCACAAGCUGAAGGAUGGCAGCCCAAGCAACCUGCACCCCACAUGCCCCCCAGCGCUUCUCUGUGUGUACCAUCCAGGUCUUUUCUCAGAGGUGGCCCCUGGAAGAGGGCCUUCUCCCUACAGAGCCCCUGCCGCUGCCUGCUGACGACCCCUGGAUCACGUGUCAGGACAGAUCAGCAGGGGCUGAGCACAGGAUAAGAGGCUUCCGUCAGAGGCCAGGCCAGUCUCCGGGAGGCUGGGGGCUGGCCGCCACCCCAGUAGGAGGGGAUGGCACUUGGGUAUGAGGAUGCACUGCAGUGGCUCCGUGCUCCACCCUGGGAAGGAGGCCGCCUCCCCUUGGGUGGGACCAUCCAGACCUCUGGGACAGCUGCGGGACCUCCGGCCUCGGCCACACGGGUACAGUCUGUGUGCUUCACUGACUGACCUGUCAAUGUGGGCUUCUCAGACGCUCAAGACCCGGACUUCUCUGCCCAAGGUCAAGGCUAAAUGCUUUGGUUCGGUCUCCGAUCUGGAGAGUGUGCAGCGGGCUUUGUUCCUGCCCCAGAGCCAGCCAGCUAGGCCCCACCCACCAUGGGGGUCUGCACUCCACCGGGCUGGGGCCCAGUGCAGCCAGCCAGGUCUUCUCCAGGACUGGGCCUUGAGUUUGCCAUGCUUCAGCUUCCAAACCUCCACUGGCUCCCUAAUGCCCCCUGGACACGGCCAAAGCUCCUAGCCCGAUGUAGGUGCGCUCCAGAACGCAAUGUGCCUCUCUAGGAAAACCCCGACUCCAAGAAAACCAAAAUCCCUGUCCUCCCUGUCCACCUCAUGCUCCACACAGUGCCCAUUCUGUGCAGCCUCCUUUGUCCUCCAGCCAAACUGCCCUCCUGCCUGGAACGCCUCCUCUCCUCCUGCAGCCUGCAUUAUCUUGCCUGUGUCUCUUUCCUCCAAGCCUGGGAGCUUGUGGAGAGCUGGAUCUUAUCCAGCCCCUUGCUUUGACCUGCUAGCUCCUGACAGAGAAGUAUCAAACCUCAUUCUGAGGUGAAAGUGGCUCAAGCUGCAUGUGUCCUUAUCCCCAAAGCAGCAGGAGACCCAUUAGGAUCCUGCACAACCCAGGACUCUCGUCUGCCCUCUGACACCCCCAGAAAGAAGACCUCUCUCCAGGCAGAUCCUGUUGGAAGGGUCAUUGCUCCUUCCUGCCUUCCUUCCCUCUCUCCUUCUGGGAGGAGGCACCAAAAGACCUGAACUUCUCCUUGAGAAGUGGGGCAGAAGCAGGGAGCAUGUCACGGCUUGUGUGUAGAUGUCCCCACCAAAGGCUCAUGCAGUCAUAGAUACAGCUUUUCAGAGACGGCUAGAUCUACAGUGUGUGAUGCUGGGGUCAAAGGUGUAUGAUUACUGAAUUAGUCCACUGAUUGGUUUGCAUAGCUCUGGAUAGGAUGAAGGGUGCCCCACCCUGGGUGUGAGUGCUACCUUCCCUAAGGGUGGGUAACCUGGAUAGACUAUAAUGGACAGCUGUCGUGGUCGCUUUCUACUUCGCUGCUUUGCUGCCCUCCACCCGCCAUGAACUGUUCUCUGCAAUACCCCUCUGCUAAGCCACGCUGCCUCGGCGCCAGCCCACUAUGAACUGAAACCUCUACAAACUGUGAGCUACAGUAAACUCU